AUGAGUAAAUUGACCAUCGGAGUCGAGUCGAGUCGAAAAAAACCAUUCGACUCGACUCGAGUCAUUUUCUAAUUGACUCACCUUUUCGACUAAACGACUCGAGUCGUUAGUCGAGUCGAAAACAGCUGUCUUAUCGACUCCGAGUCGACUUGAGUCGACUUGAGUCGUUGUCCAACUAUACUCGUGACCCUAAGAUUGCUAGCAGCCACCACUGCCACUGAACUAUCCCGCCCUAUUUUGCGGCGGGAUUCGAAUUUUUUUGAAAUUUUCAGACUUCUAUUAAUUUUUUGCAGUGUAAAAAAGGCAGUAUUGUUCCAUUAAUUGUGGCUAAUAAAAUAUGGAUAAAUGGACAUUUCGAAACGGAAGAAAAUGGAUUGGUAGCCUGGUGGAUUUCACAAUUCAGACCGGGAAUUUAUGGAAUUCAAAUAUCGGCGAAACAAGAAAUGGUUCACAUCAAACAUCUUGAGCAUGUAAGAAAAUAAUAUUUUCGCAGGGAAAAAUCAAAAAAUUGUUUGAUUUCAGUUGCGACGCGCUGCGGUUUUGCAUGUAAAGGGACAUACGGAUGUAGAUGAGACUACAAUUCUCGAAUUUCGAGGAACUUGUUUGAGAAUUGAUGAUUGGAGCAAACCGAAUUAUGACGGGAUGACACUUCUGAGUGUUCUUGAAAAUUAUAUCGAAGACGGCGAAAAACAAGAUCUUAUAAUAAAUAAUAAAUGGAUUGAUUAUGAAUUUUGGAAACCAGUUGAAGAAUUUCUCCGACUUCUUGUUGAUGACUUUGAAUUUGAUAGCGAUGAACAUCGAUUGUUCUUUUCAUAUCAUUUUCGACGAUUUCAAUUGAUUGUCGAAUGUCUUCCUGGACACUUUUCUGUACAGAUUCUUGUACCAUCUUGA